AUGGUCUAUUACUUCACCUCCAACGUGGUCGAUCCUCCAGGGUUCAUCUAUGUCGGCAAGGACAAGUUCGAGAAUGAGGACCUGAUCAAGUUCGGCUGGGAAGAGGAUAUCUGUGCGCAUAUCUACCUACGUAUGCAGGAAGGCCAGGCAUGGGACGCUCUCCCUGAAGAUCUCGUCAUGGACCUCGCCCAGUUGACAAAGGCCAAUUCCAUUGAGGGCAACAAGAAAGACAACGUCACAGUCAUCUACACACCAUGGUCCAACCUCAAGAAAGACGGCAGCAUGGAGGUCGGCCAAGUCGGCUUCAAGGACCCCCGCAAAGUGAAGCGCAUCCUGGUCCCCCAGCGCGAGAACCCCAUCGUCAACCGCCUCAACAAGACAAAGGUUGAGAAGAAGCCAGACUUUAAGCAGGAGAGAGAUGAUCGUCUCAAGGAGCUGCGACAACGUGACCAGGCAGCUUUCCAGGCCAGGAAGAAGGAGGAGGCUCGACAGGCUCAGGAGUGGAAGGAGAAGAAGUGGCAGAAGGACCAUGCCUACGAUGAUAUCUUCACGGAGGAUAACAUGGCUGCUUCGAGUAACCAGGACCGCGAUGAGAACUGGGAGGACGACUUUAUGUAA